UCACAAAAUUUCGAAGAAACUAAGUUGGAAGGAGCCAUUGCCUACAUUAUAAGGCAAGUCAGAGAGAUGCCACGUCUAAUCAGAAAACUCUACAUGUUUCUUUCUAUUAUGGUCUCCGAAGGGCCAGGCAUAGAGACAAAGUCCAAGGUGGAAGUUGAACCGAGUGGAAAAGUUAGAUAUAAGAACCUGGUGGAUCUGAUUGGGUAUUGUGUAGAAGGUACUAGAAGCUAUAUCUCUUCAUCAUGUGACAGACUAGCAUAUUUACAUGAAGAAUCAGAACCAAAAGUGGUGCAUUGUGAUGUAAAGUCAAUCUCAAGUUUUGGACUGGCCAAACUCUUGGGACCUGAGAAAAGCUAUAUGACUACAAAAGUGAUGGGAACAUUCAAGUUUAUAUGUAUCUCCUGUCCUGAGCAUGCAAGAACAGGGAUGCUCAACAAGGGGACUGACGUGUACAGCUUUGGAGUUUUGCUUGUAGAAUUAAUUCAAGGAAGGUGCUUAGUAGAUUAUUCGAGGUCAGCUAGAGAGGGCCUGGUGGUCUUAUUGGAUAAAAAGGGGAUGGCACAAUACACUAAACUUUCUUGCACUAUGGGAAGUGGUGCACACUGGAUGUGCUAG